AUGCCCUUCUUCGACCUUCUCCGCGACCAAUACAAGUGCCUCCCCAUCGCGCCCACCGACUGCACCGGCCAAACCAUCAUCGUCACGGGCAGCAACACCGGCAUCGGUUUCGAAGCGGCCAAGCACUUCGUCCGCCUCAACGCCUCCCGGGUCAUCCUAGCCGUGCGGUCCGCAUCCAAGGGCCAAGCGGCCAAGGACGCCAUCGACGCGGCGACGGGCCGCCCCGGCGUCGCAGAGGUCUGGCCGCUCGACCUCGCCUCCAACGCCUCGGUCCGCGCCUUCGCCAAGCGCGCCGCCGCCGAGCUGGACCGCAUCGACGUGCUGCUGGAGAACGCGGGCGUCGCCCUCGCCGAGUGGACCGAGGCCGAGGGCACGGAGACGUCGGUGCAGGUCAACGUCAUCGGGACGGUGCUGCUCGCCGUGCUGCUGCUCCCCAAGCUCAAGGCCAGCGCCGCCGCCUUCGCCACCACCCCGCACCUGACCAUCGUCACGAGCGGGAUACACCGCACCGCAAAGUUCCUCGAGGGCCAGCAGGACGACGUCUUCGCCGCGUUGGCCGAGAACAACGCGACCUACAUGUCCGAACGCUACCCCGUCUCCAAGCUCCUCGAGGUCUACGCCGGCCGCGAGCUCGCCCGCCUGCAGCCCGUCGAGCGCACCGACGUCGUCAUCAACCUCCUCUGCCCGGGCCUCUGCUCCACCGAGCUCGCCCGCAACGUGCCCUGGGGCUACUGGCUGCAGAUCGUGACCAUGCGCGCCCUCGUCGGCCGCUCCGCCGAGGUCGGCAGCCGCACGCUGCUGCACGCGGCGGUGGCCGGGAGGGAGAGCCAUGGCGAGGUCUGUGGGGAUUGCGAGAUCAGGGCGGAUAAGACGGCGCCGUUCAUUAGGACCGAGGAAGGCCGGAAGAUGCAGAAGAAGGUGUGGGAUCAGCUUGUUGCGAAGCUGGAAGCGAUUGAGCCGGGGUGCGUGAGCGGUGCGCUGGCAUGA